AGGACCAUGAAGCUGCAACUUCUCUGCUUGGUCUUUGUUCUUCUCAGCGUGACCACCCGAAGCCUCUGUGCCUUCACAAUUCAGACACAAGACAAGAGAGACCUUGCCAGUUUGGAAACGCACAAUGCAGAAGAUGGCAUAGCUGAGACUUCAGGCAUGCAGGCGUCUCUACGGCGGUCCAAGCGCUUCAACAGCCACUUCCCGAUCUGCACCUACUGCUGCAACUGCUGCAGCAACAAGAAAUGCGGUUUCUGCUGCCGGACGUAG